GACUGCACGAGAUGUUCUCGAUUGAAUAAGUUGGCAACAAGCUAUAACAAUCCCUAGGUAGCACACUUCCACAUCUGCUUCGAACCUGGCCGCAGCCGCGCAUCCCCUCUCCCUGGUCAUCUUGUAUAUCCAGAGGCAUCAGUCGCAUCGAGCCGCAAGGCCCGAGGGUUGCAGAGAAGAACGCCCCCCUCUGCAUCGAUCUACACCAUAUCUGCCAUUUAGUCAUCCGUGUGUCUAGACAUGAUGAAGAAUCCUUCCAGAAUCAUCAAUGAUGAAUGAUGUCAUAGCCAGCCCGGGUUAUGCAAAUCGAAGGAAACAAGCUUUUCGCGUCUCCAACACCCUUGUUGAAGUGCCCCAUGCUUGAUCUACACAAUCAAUCGCGCACGGUUUUGGGUAUUGCCAUGCAUAAAAGUCCUGAUUGAAGGGUGCAAUAGACACCGGCCUCGCAUUAGUUAUGCCAAGCAUAAUCCUACCGAGGAUGGCAGGUUUCUUGAGCCGCUUGAUCGUUGACAGGACUGCUGGAUGGUCGCUAAUCCCGACCACUUAUGUUAUGGUUAGAUUUCGAGCCAAGAGGUGCAAUGAAGCAAGCAGGUUUGGCCAAAAGACGAGUUCCAAUCGAGAGGCAGGAUCAUUCUGCACCGAGUCCCUAGGCGAUCGGCGCAUCCCUUCUAUUGUUCGAAGGUCGGUCGCAAACACGGCUUCCAGUGCCCGCCCCAUUGCCUAUACUUGGCUCACGCAGACUCCAGGCGCGAUCACCCCAGACGAUAUCAUUUUGAGUGCGCCUUCUUACCCCGAAUCUCUACCACGAUCCGAUGAUGUUCCUAUCUUUCUCGUGACCUCCGCUUUCGCAUCAUGGAUCGAGUUGUCGUCUCACAUAUUCCCUGAACAAUGGAUGAGUCACUUCUUUUCAGGGUCCACCGAUCCUGUGCAUUCUAUCUUCGCAAUUGUCGAUAAGCUUCCUGAUACUCGACCACACGCACUACAGAAUGGGGAAAGCCCCUGCGGCCAGGAAGCCGACGGGAUAUCGGUGCUGUUAGUAAGUCGGGACAAUGUACAAGGUCAGCUCGCUGCGCCUCGCCGGGCACGAAGCAUGGAGGCCACAGAUUCAGGACUAGUAUUCUCAAUUCCGACAAGCGAUACUCAGGCAUCGAAUGGAGGAUUUAAGAAAUCCAUCCAUGAAGUAGGCCUGCGACUUGCAAAUACGAUCUUCAUCAAUGGAAAGCAGAAUACUCUCUUUGGAGCCCGUUGGAUCUACAAUACUGCUGCAAAGAGAUAUACACUCGACUGUGCGCUGGACUUGUCGAACUGCAUUGUCACUUCACCAGCAGCGAACGUUAGCGACUCUUUCGAGCUUCCAUUGUACCCCGUCGGGCAACGAAGGAGGGUCAUUUCCAGUAUGGGAAACAUCCUCCGUCAAUUGUCCAAACAUACAGAUAAACACUCCCAAGAUCCCAUGCCAGCUUCCUUGGAGCUGGAGAAGGAUCUCCCUCGCUACAUUGCCGAACACAACAUCACUGACCAAAGGGUCUCCGUUUGGGCUUUAAUUGAGACGUCCGAGGAGGGCUACACGGCAGGCAAGGAGGCUUCUCAAGAAAGCCUUGUCGAGGCGAUCCGGAAGGGCGGUAAACUCCACCGAGUGAUGAGUGGCGGAGGAGGAUGGGGCAAGAAACAGGGCCUUCUAUCAUUAGACCCUGAAACAACAUUCAUGGAAUCAACCCAGAAAGACAGGCUACUGGGGCUAGAGGGACUCUUUACUGCGGGCGAUGCGGAAGUCUCGACGAAUUCGCUGCCGCCGCCUCCGCCGCCGCCAUUCGAGAUGCGCGGCUUCGGCGAGGAUCUUUCCACUCUCUCGCAGGCUGCAGGGCCUGGCGACUACGUCCAAUUCUUCGUUUCCGUUGAACCUAGUCAUCCAGAUUGGCCGGCAUCUCGGACUGGAGGCAAUGCCUUCCAUUUCGGCGUUGUCUCGGACGCCGAGGCUGUUCCUUUGCAAAGGGAAUCUGCUGAACAGAAAGACCUUCGGGUAGUACCUGGCUACUUUGGUGGGCUGUCGGAGAAAGCUAUAACCUACGUGCAACCCAUGGCUAGGAAAGAGUCAACUGGGGAAGUGCACGAAUCGAGCUCGAAGUUCGACAUUCCAGGAUGUCGGGUGGCAUUAGAGCUGAACUGAUGAUCGGAUCAUAUAGAAUGGUUGCUAGCCAUGUAAAAUAUUGUAUUGAUGAAUUG